GUCAUUCACAUUGAAGAAGUGUUUUCGGACUUUUGACAUUUUGGUUUCUCUCUCAGUCUCACUCACUCUCUCGCUUUUUAGUUGGGAUAAAAUCCGAAAAAUAUUAAGAGAUGGCGAUUCAGGAUGAUGACAAUACUAUGAAAAUCUUCUGCAUUGGAACUGCUGAUACGAAGCUUGAAGAGCUGAGAUUCCUCGCCCAGGCCAUUCGCUCCAAUCUCCAACUUUUUUCCGCUAACUCUACCUCAGAGGUGUUGGUGACACUCGUAGAUGUGUCUGCUAGUCGGAAAGAUGUGGAGAGUUGUGAGGAUUUCAAAUUUGUGUCGAAGAAAGAUCUCCUUUCUUGCUAUUUUGGAGCAGGGGAACAACAUGGUACCCUGCUUCCGGAUGACAGAGGCAAAGCUAUUGCAAUCAUGAGCAAAGCGCUUGAUGUUUUCCUCAGUAAAGCUCAUGGUGAUCGAGUUCUUGCUGGAGUUAUAGGGCUUGGCGGUAGUGGAGGGACAGCGUUGAUGUCAUCUGCCUUUAGGUCACUUCCUAUUGGAAUUCCAAAGGUGAUUGUAUCAACUGUGGCUAGUGGUCAGACUGAACCCUAUGUUGGAACUUCUGAUUUGGUGUUAUUUCCAUCAGUGGUGGAUAUUUGUGGCAUUAAUAGUGUGAGUAGAGUCGUCUUGUCGAAUGCCGCAGCUGCUUUUGCUGGAAUGGUGAUUGGGCAACUAAAGAUGUCAAAAACAUCUGAGGCUGCUAGUGGAAAGGGUACAGUUGGUAUAACUAUGUUUGGGGUUACUACUCCAUGUGUCAGUGCUGUUAAAGAUAGAUUGCAGUGUGAAGGUUAUGAGACCUUGGUUUUCCAUGCUACUGGGGUUGGAGGGAGGGCUAUGGAGGAUCUUGUUAGAGGAGGAUUUAUACAGGGUGUUUUGGAUAUUACAACUACAGAGGUGGCUGAUUAUGUAGUUGGAGGGAUCAUGGCAUGCGACAGCUCCCGAUUUGAUGUCAUAUUAGAAAAGAAGAUACCUUUAGUUCUCAGCAUUGGAGCAUUGGAUAUGGUGAACUUUGGACCAAAAGACACUAUAUCUCCUAACUUUCAGCAAAGAAAAAUUUAUGAACACAAUGAACAGGUUACACUAAUGCGCACAACAGUGGAUGAGAAUAGGAAAUUUGCUGCAUUUAUAGCAGACAAGUUGAACAAGUCAUCUUCUAAGGUUUGUGUUUGCUUGCCAAAGAAAGGUGUCUCUGCGUUGGAUGCACCAGACAAGGCCUUCUACGAUCCUGAUGCUACUGGGGCUCUCAUAGAGGAACUGCAGAGGCUAAUUGAAACUAAUGAAGAUCGUCAGGUUAAAGUUUUCCGGCAUCACAUUAAUGAUCUGGAGUUUGCAAAUGCACUAGUGGACUCGUUCUUGGAGAUCUGUACGAACCUUAUCGGAGUUGGAAGUCAAGCUACCUGUGGAUCUACUGAAGGUGCUCAGGACAAAACUUCUGCCCCUAAGAUAAGUUCCCAGAGCGUCAUAUCUGUUUCAUAUAGCUUGAGCAACUUCCCUGAUGCAAAACCAGAAACACUACAAAGAACACGAGAAAUACUGCAGCAAUUGAAAUAUCAAAUAAACGAGGGCAAACCUAUUAUUGGUGCUGGUGCGGGUACAGGCAUAUCAGCCAAGUUUGAGGAAGUUGGUGGAGUGGAUCUGAUAGUCUUGUACAACUCAGGGCGUUUUAGGAUGGCAGGAAGGGGGUCCUUGGCAGGUCUAUUGCCAUUUGCUGAUGCAAAUGCAGUCGUACUUGACAUGGCCAAUGAGGUGUUGCCUGUAGUGAAAAAAGUUCCAGUUCUCGCUGGAGUCUGUGCAACUGACCCAUUCCGGAGGAUAGAUUUCUUCCUGAAGCAGUUGGAGUCUAUUGGAUUCUCAGGGGUGCAGAAUUUUCCAACUGUUGGGCUAUUUGAUGGUAAUUUUAGACAAAAUCUGGAAGAGACAGGAAUGGGAUAUGGAUUGGAGGUUGAGAUGAUUGCGAAAGCUCAUAAAAUGGGGCUCUUGACAACCCCAUAUGCUUUUAACCAAGAGGAAGCGACAGCAAUGGCAAAAGCUGGUGCUGACAUCGUUGUGGCCCAUAUGGGCCUGACUACAUCUGGUUCAAUUGGAGCUAAAACAGCACUCUCAAUUGGGGAAAGUGUAACUCUUGUCCAAGCUAUUGCAGAUGCCGUUCACAGGAUCAACCCUGAAGCUAUUGUUCUAUGCCAUGGAGGUCCGAUAUCUGGGCCGAAGGAAGCAGAGUAUGUAUUGACAAGAACUAAAGGAGUUCACGGGUUCUAUGGUGCAUCCAGUUUGGAAAGGCUGCCUGUUGAACAAGCCAUAACAGCCACAGUACAACAGUAUAAAUCUAUAUCUAUGACUUGACUAAUUGCCUAUACUUUUAUUUCUUUCAUUAUGUGCUUGGUGCAGAACAUACUUUGUCUCUCUUUUACUUUUCUUAACAUUCUCCAUGCUUCCUAUUCUUACAUGCAUACAGCUGGAGUUCAAUGUUUGAGAUCAUAAGUUUUACCUUGUAUACAGUGUAUGAGAAGUAGCUUUAGGCAUUCUCAAUAAUUUUUAUCAAAUCCUACUUGUAAUAUUCUUGACAUGCCACUUCUUGUUUGCUAAUGGACUUCAUGUUAA